CCUCAGAGAGCGAUUUUGCAUCUAGGGUCUUCUCAAACCAUUUCAGAGCCUCAGCAUACUCACGCCUCUCUCCUUCACUAUCGAUCUGCUCAAUCGAAUCUGCCACGUUCUUGAGGCGUUGGAGGACAGAAGGAUGAAUGCUUACAAGGCUUACAAAACAUGUGUCCCAAUAGCAUGGAGUCCCAACCUAUACAUCACCCUGGUGAGGGGAAUUCCAGGAACCAGGAAACUUCAUAGGCGCACCUUAGAAGCAUUGCGUCUAGGGAAGUGCAAUCGAACUGUCAUGCGAUGGAAUACUCCUACUGUCAGAGGAAUGCUUCAGCAGGUUAAAAGAUUGGUUGUAAUCGAGACUGAAGAAAUGUUCAAGGCACGUAAAGAAAAGGAAGCAAAUCACCGUGCAUGUCGUCCACCUUUGGUUGUGAGCCAUCUACCUGCUCCUGCAAGUGAUUCGUCUCAACAGGCUGUCUAAUAUUUUUUGUGAUUUCAGACGUGCAUUUAAAGCUGAUGUGGGAAGGGCAGUCCAGGUUUCUCUUCUGAUAAAGCACUAAUAUUGUGUAGUUGAUAAGGUUUGCUGAUCAUUCAAUUUAGUUGAUGCAUGCAUUAUAUGGAGGAAAACUAUUUGUUUCUUGAAGAUACAUAGAUUUGUAAUUUUCUAGUCAUAAACUUGUUAGCAGGGCCUGAGUUCUUAUUUCAUUGUUCACUUGUGUGGGUCCAGAAGUGAAAUGCUUCGGUUCUGUUGGAAUGAAAUGCUAAACUAAAAGAAUACGAGUCAGUGUCAAUGUGUCAUGUUAAUUAGCACUUCUGCCAGUGUUAAGGAUAUCAUCACAUUUACAUUUUUUGGCCAUGAAAUGCUAAUUCUUCAAACAAUAAUAGUUGGUUC